AUGCCUCUUUCGAUCACGGCCCCUUCCAAGCCAUCCUCUUCGUCAUCGCCUCCGACAUUACCAUCUGCUGCUGCCUCGCAAACGGCUCCACUGCGCUCCUCGCCCGACCCGCCCUUCUACCAGUCGCACGGCUCAACACCGCGCACAUCCGUCUCGCAAUCUAGAAUAACCAACGGUAAAGCGCGUUCAUCCACACCAACCAAGCUCUACGCGGACUCGGAACUGGAUACAACCUCCACUGAGGACUUUUACGACGAGGACGAGGACGACUACCUUGGCCUUCAAGACGACGGUGCACGCAGACCGUUCUUACAGCAGCGGAACAGUGCUUCAUCUAUAUCACGCAAGAAGCGAUCCACAACACGCCCAGGCACCAAAAGAACCGAUUCGAUCAAGAUGAAGCCGGCGCAAGCGAGCAAAUUCGCCGACUCGUUCAGAGACGACGAGGCGGUCGCAAAGUCUGCGGGAGACGCUGACGCAGGCGAUGUGCACUCCGCAGACGGUUCGAAUGCGCGAAGAUCUUCCUCCCAUGUCGGCGGGGAAGCAACGCGUUUGCCGGGCGAUGUGACGUUUGACGACAUCUUUGACCCGACCAAGACGCUGCGCGAGAACAAGUCGAUGAUGAUCUCGGCGGAGCUCGAUCGUAUGGGGAUGGGCAGGUAUCAAAUCUGCAUCUGGUUCCUCUGCGGCUGCGGGUACUUUAUCGACCUGCUGUGGGCGCAAGCGUUGGGGCUGAUCGUGACGCAGGUCGCCUUCGAAUUCGACAACCAGAUCCACGGCUCCACGGGCCCGCUCCAGACUGCCUUUUCUGCAGGCCUCACCGUCGGCGCAUUCUUCUUCGGCUUCGCCGUCGAUGUUGUGGGCAGACGCUGGAGCUUCUACCUCACCACUUUCAUCGCCUCCGUCUUCGGCAUCGCCAUUGGAGGAGCACGCAGCUUCGACACGCUCUGCGUCAUCUCUGCCUUCAUUGGUUUUGGCAUCGGCGGCAACAUCCCCAUAGACGCAACGAUCACGCUCGAGUUCCUCCCCACCAACCGCCGCUUCCUCGUCGCCGCGCUCUCGUUGUUUCAGCCGCUGGGCGUGCUCGUGUGUUCCGGCAUCUCGUACGGGCUGAUCCCCAAGUACGCGUGCGAGUCGGCGUCUACGUGCACGCGCCAAAACAACAUGGGCUGGCGCUACACGUUGUACACGCUCGGCUGCAUCACCUGGCUCAUCUUUGUCGCGCGCUUCUUUGUGUUUACCUUCCGUGAGUCGCCACAGUAUCUGCUCGCGCGCGGGAAGGACGCAAAGGCGCUCAGCAUUAUCCAGCAGAUCCUGAGGACCAACAAGAGCAAGAUGGAACCGCUGUUCACGCAGGCUGAUUUCCACGAGGCUGCGAGGCGGAUUGCCGAGCACGAAGGAAGGGAGAGGAGUGCGGACGAGGACGAGGAGCAGCAGGGUCUGCAUGCGGGCGGGAGAAAGACAACGAAUUGGCAGACGGCCAAGAAGUCAGCGAGGGAGAUGCUGGCGCUGUUCUUGAAUGCGAAGACGCUCUUUCAGAACAAGACGAUGGCGAGGGUGACCACGAUCAUCUGGAUUACGUUCAUUGCCGACUUUUGGGGGUUCACGCUCGCAGGCUUCUAUCUUCCGCAGAUCCUGCGCGCCAAGGGAGCAAAGCAAGAUACAUCGAUAGAGACGACCUACCGAAACUACAUUCUCAUCUACUUCCCUGGCAUCUUUGCUGUCGCCUUCGGUGCCGCCAUGAUCGAAGUACCCAAGCUCGGAAGGCAAUGGGCGAUGGUGGUAUCGUCCGCGCUGAUGGCUGUGUCCUUUUUCUUAUACACUUUGGUUUCCGGCGUUCAAGGAAGCAUCGGCAUCAAUGCGAUGGAGUACUUCUUCCAGAGCUUCUUCAACAGUAUCCUGUACGCCUUUGUGCCGGAGAUCUACCCCUCACAAGUUAGAGGGACAGCGAGCGGCCUCGCAUCAACCCUUGGACGCAUUGCAAGCAUCGUAGCCCCGCUGGCGGCGGAUCCGCUCUUCAGGGACCAGACGGAACAGCAAGCGAAGAACGUGCUCUAUCUGGCGGGGAGCAUCACGUUGAUCUGCCCUAUUGCUUUGGCAUUCUUGCCUUAUGACACGAGGGGGAUGAGGGUUUAUUGA